AUGAUUUCUCGCCCGGUCGCUGCGACGCUGGGCUGCUGCGGAUGCCGGCAGGCGAUUCUGCGGGCUGUUGCGUCCAGGCCACUGGCCGGCAUUGGACAAUCGGCCUCGCGGGGCAUCAGACCGGUGGCAAGCUCUGGCUUUCGAGGUGUUGCGGCAAGCCAGCAGUUUGGGACGACUGCGCAAAGGAGCGCGGAGGAAAAGGCGGGGAUCCAAGAGCUGAGAGACGAGGAGGAUAUCGUCGACAGCAACGAGGACGCAGAUACGCCGUGGUUCCUGGAUGUCGAACCCCCCCGACGUGCGCCGCUACAACACAUUGCAUCGCUGCCAAAAGUGCCCGAAGAUGCGCCCCCUCUCCUCGAGCCGAUGAUGAAGUACAUAUACGAAGACAUGGGCCUAGACGAGCUGUCCAUGCUGGACCUCCGCGAACUGGACCCGCCGGCAGCACUCGGGCCCAACCUCAUCAUGAUCUUCGGAACGGCACGAAGCGAGAGGCACUUGCACAUUUCUGCAGGCCGCUUCGUACGAUGGCUGCGCAAGAACCACCAAGUUGGAGCUCGGGCGGAUGGGCUCAUUGGGCCCGGAGAGCUCAAGACGAAGCUGCGCAGGCUGAGGAAGAAGGCCAAGAUGCUGGGAACCAACACAAUGAUUAUGCCCGGCUCGGACAAUGGUAUCUCGACGGGCUGGGUCUGCGUCAACUUCAGCGCGCAUGACCACGGAGCGCAAGAGUCUCACAGUUAUGACGAGAGUGGACGGUUCUCUGGAUUUGGCACGCCGUUGACGGGAACGACGGUGGUUGUGCAAUGCAUGACGGAAUCGAGGCGAAACGAGCUUGAUCUGGAAACCCUCUGGAGAGGCAUUCUGAAGCGAAACAUGGAGGAGAUGCAGAAGGUGAAGGGAAGGAAGGUGGUGGAUCCCUCAGAGCUGGAAUCCAUGGUCUCGGCAAAGAUCCAGAUGCCCGACAGCCCUUCUGCCCAGCAGUGGCAAGCCCUCAAACUGGCCUCCCAGCAGCAGCGGCAGUUUUCAACCAUGGCACGACGCCUCCAAGCCCCUCCUCAGAGCAGUGAGUCUAGAGUGACUUCAGUUGAUUCCGGAGCUCUAGUAACAGAAGAUCAGCCGCAUAGUCCAAAGUUGGAUCUGAGUACGCUGCGGCGGCAUAUCCACGACGUUCAAGUGGCCGGGACUCCAGUGAGCCGCGAGACAUUUCAGGGCCUCAUCUCGGCCAUUUUCCAAGCCGAGGUGACUGCGGAAGACACUGCGCCGGAACGACUUGCUCUGGUAGACCAGCUCAGCCUCAUGGCCGAGGAGCGCGGUGUGCACGUCACGUCCAAGGAUUGGCUCAUCUCCCUCAUCGAAACCAUUGUCACGUCGCCGGCAUAUGGCCCCGAGCUGCAGCGGGCGCAGAAGAAUGUGGAAUAUCUGCUGUCAACCAAACAAACAUCUGCGCUGAAGACGAGCGAGAUUCUUCGGCUCAUGGCGGCAUAUGCGCACCGGUCAGACUGGGACAAGUUCUGGGACGCUUUCCGCUCGCCAGCCCGCUUUCUACUGCCUCGAUCGCCGGAGCUGUACGAGUACGCUUAUCGCGUCAUGGCAGCCACUGGUGAUCGAAAGCUGUGCACCGAUGCCCUGCGUUGGGUGUAUCCCGAGAUGCUCAAGGAAGAACCCAAGAUUUGGCCCGUGGGAUCACUGUACACCUCGUUGAAGGCGUGUAUCCUGGCUGCCGAUCCUUCCGCCGAGAACCUUUUGCAUCACCCUCCGCCCCAGGACACGCUGGACUUGUUUGGCCAGCGGCAAUUGGCGCACAGGGAGUUUGUGCGCGUGUUGAGGGAGGUUGAGACCAUGCGGCAGCAUUAUGUGAAUGAGCAGGCGAGGGAGCACAGCGCGCAGACUCUGCGCAACUUGUCGGGACAGAUGCCGUCCAGUUACAAUUAAGAGACUGGAGUUUAUGAGAAUGACUCAAAGGACUCUUGAGUAGCACGAUUGAUAGAGGGUGGCUCCAAAAGUAAAGAGGACUUGUUUGUUUCGUUCGCUCUGUUAGCGCCUCUCACUCAUAUUUCAUGUAUCAUAGAAUUCAUCUGCAUAUCUAGACGAGCUAUAUAUGGCGAAACAAUCUCUUCU